AUGGCUCCCUCCCAAUACCAGAAGCCGCCCCAGGCCCCGCCGCAGUUCACCCACACCCCGGACACUGUCCUCGAGGAGACCAAGAGGCUGAUCGCCAGGUCCCGCAACGUCCAGGAUGAGAUCGUCAAGAACAUCACCCCGGAGAAGGCUUCCUUCGCCAGCGUCUUGCUCCCAGUCGCCCACGAUGACAACAAGAUGGGCAUCGAGGCCCACAUACUCGGCUUCUACUCGGCUGUGUCCACGAACAAGGCCCUGCGCGACGCCUCCAACGACGCCGAGUCGCUGAUGGACAAGUUCAGCAUUGAGAUGAGCAUGCGCGAGGACUACUUCAACCUCGUCGAUGCCGCUCUCAAGAAGAAGGAGUCGCUCGACCCGGAGUCUCAGCGCCUGCUUGAAAAGAACCACAAGAGCUACAUCCGGAACGGCUUGGGCAUCCCGGCCGGCCCUAAGCGCGACCGCUUCAAGGACAUCAAGGACCGUCUGAGCGAGAUCAGCAUUGCCUUCCAGAAGAACCUCAACGAGGAGAACGGCGGCUUGUGGUUUACCAAGGAAGAGCUGGACGGCACGCCCGAGGACGUCAUCAACAACUUGGAGAAGGGCACGGGCGAGAACGAGGGCAAGGUCCGCCUGACGUUCAAGUACCCCGAUCUCUUCCCCACUCUCAAGUACGCCACCAACGCCGACGUGCGCAAGAAGGUUUUCGUCGAGAAUGAGAACAAGUGCAACGACAACGUCGCCCUCUUCCGCGAGGCCAUUGUCCUGCGUGACGAGGCUGCCCGUCUGCUGGGUUACAGCAACCACGCCGAGUUCCGCAUCGAGGACAAGAUGGCCAAGACCCCCAAGACCGUCAACGACUUCCUGGGCGACUUGCGCGAGCGUCUUGCUCCCGGUGGAUUGAAGGAGAUCAACAAGCUUCUGGACUUGAAGAAGAGCGAUGUCGAGGGGCGUGGCGACAAGUUCGAUGACCACUACUACCUGUGGGACCACCGUUACUACGACCGCCUCAUGCUCGAGAAGGACUACCAGCUUGACCAGAACAAGAUCGCCGAGUACUUCCCGCUCGGACCUACCAUUCGCGGCAUGCUGCAGAUCUUCGAGGAGCUGUUCGGCCUGGUCUUCGUUGAGAUUACCGGUGAAGACCGCAGCAAAAUCUCCGAGACCGGCAAGGGCUCUGACAUCGUCUGGCACGAGGAUGUCCAGGUCUUCAGCGUUUGGGAUGAUGAAGGCGAGGGUGCCGGCUUUGUCGGCUACCUGUACCUUGAUCUCUUCCCUCGCGAGGGCAAGUAUGGCCACGCUGCCAACUUCAACCUGCAGCCUGGAUACAUCCAGGAGGAUGGCAAGAGGAGGUACCCGGCCACCGCUCUCGUGUGCAACUUCUCCAAGCCGACGCCUAAGAAACCCUCGCUGCUGAAGCACGAGGAGGUCGUGACUUUGUUCCACGAGCUGGGUCACGGCAUCCACGAUCUGGUUUCUCGCACGACUUACUCGCAGUUCCAUGGCACCAGCACCGUCCGUGACUUUGUGGAGGCACCUUCCCAGAUGCUCGAAAACUGGUGCUGGACGCCGUCGCAGCUCAAGUCGCUCUCUCACCACUACUCGUACCUCUCGGCUGAAUACAAGGCGGCGUACGAGGAGUCUUCGCAGGGUGCGGCCAAACCGGAGGAGCGCAUUCCGGACUCGCUGAUCGAAAGCCUGAUCGGUACCAAGCACGUGAACGAUGCUCUCUUCAACCUGCGCCAGCUCCAUUUCGGCAUCUUCGACAUGACGGUGCACACUCCGAAAUCACACGCGGAGGUCGAAGCCCUGCCAAUCAGCGAGACUUACAACAAGCUGCGCAAGGAGAUCUCCAAGAUCGACGGUCCGGAGGUCUUGUCCUCAAGCGACAAGUGGGCCUGGGGCAACGGACAAGCGACCUUCGGCCACCUGAUUGGCGGCUACGAUGCCGGAUACUAUGGAUAUUUGAGGUGA